CAUGCUGCCAUUGAAAUAAACGGAGUCCGACUCCACGGGAGGAAUGUUUGGAACUAUAGAGCGCUCCAUAACCCGGAAGUUCUGUCCGCCAUGUUUUACAACGGAGUCCUAUGGGAGUGUCGCCACUCUGUUCUUAUCUAUCGCUCUGACCUGGCUAUAUUGAGGCGUUUAAGCGUAACUUACUAGUUCUUGUCCACCUUAUUUUUUUACAGUGUUUUGAAACCCUGACAAAAUUUAACUUAAGUAUGUCGGACAAGACAGAGGUGAAUCUGACCGGAGUCCAACAAAGUAAAGGCGUGUGGCUGGUAAAGGUUCCCAAGUAUUUAUCUCAGCAGUGGGAGAAGGCCCAAGAAAAGGGGGAAGUUGGAAGGAUUACCAUUGGCAAGAAGCAAGGCAAAACAGAGGUACGUUUCAGCCUGAACGAGGAGCUGACGGCCCUGGGCGCUGUGGGGGAGAAGGAUGCAUCACUGCAGGUCCCAAAGGAUCACCCCUUCACUAUGCACACAGUGGGUGGACAGACCAUGGCUGUCUUCAGCCAGAGCGAUGCAGCCACAAAUCUUUAUAUAUCUACUGACUACUAGGCAUGUGCCUGGCAG